GUCCUAAAGAAAGCCAACUGCUAAACACGCUUUUGCUCGGCUAUGUUGGUGUAGUAACCACACACGUUUUGGAAUAAAUGCGCGAUGAGGUAAAAACAUCCAAAUAAAGUCGUGACGUACUCAAAAGCAAACAGCAAGGAAGGUGGUGGGGUAUCCGUGGCGCCUUGGAAUAAAAUUGUUUGUGACUCCUCUUUGGUUCGAAGUUCUUCUACACGUACAACCACGAUGAGCGAACGUUAUCAGCGAACUCCUCUUAUCGCGAAUGGCAAGUCCAAGGUUUAUUCACAAGUUCACAACGAGGAAAAUGCCGCAAGAAGAUGGAAGAGUUUACAGUUCGACGAAUGGACGUUUACGUUGCUGCUAUUCCUCUUCUCUUUGUCUAUCGUCAUUGGCAAAUUGUUCCUCAAUCACGAUUUCUUCAGUUUCUUGGAUAUCAGUACUGAUCGAUUAGCAAUUCUUGCAAUCAAUAGAAGUCAUCCUUAUUACAAGGAUAUUACACAAAAUUCUGUAAUUGAGCCUUUGAACAGGUACAGCUGGUUGAUAAAGGCUGUAUUGAGUGGAUUGGUAACUACUGGAAUCACAUGGUUCAUUAUUUAUGAAGACAGUAAUGUACCAGGUGUUAAUCCACCGUCACCAUUUAGUCCAUCUAAGAAAAGAAUCCAAGAAUCUUCUCCAGUACAACUCAAUUAUUUUGUUGGAAUUUUGAAUGGAUUAUUGGUAUUUUGCUACAUGUGCCUUUAAACUUGUCAAUAUGUAUUAAGGAAACACGAUGCUUUAUACAGCACUAUGAGUGCCUGCAGUAAGAGUACAAUUUUUUUUCUAUAAAUUUAUUUAUCAUCAAAAAAGUAUAAUAUAUAUUUAUAAUUGUUCAAAUUAUUUAUUUUUUUUUAACUAUUUGCUUGGCUUUAUUUAGAAUAAUUUACAUUAUCAGUAUUGCACAUUAUUUAUAUUAUUUAUCUCAUUGAGUUGUUAAAGACUGCUUUUUUUGCUUGCAAAUAAUUUAUAUUACUAACAUAGGAACAAA